GUGGUGGCGGGGUGUCUACGCCGCUGAGCCCACGCGGGCGAGGCGACCCUGCGGCGCCAGGACUCGGCACCGCGCCUUUUUUCCCCGGUUGUUCCGCUGCGUGACCCUUUCCCCUCACCGGCUGUGGGCGGGUUGAGAGGUUGAGCCCACUAGGAAUGGCAGCCCCAUCUAUGAAAGAAAGGCAGGCUUGCUGGGGAGCCCGGGAUGAGUACUGGAAGUGUUUAGAUGAGAACACAGAGGACGCUUCUCAAUGCAAGAACUUAAGAAGCUCAUUUGAAUCAAGUUGUCCCCAGCAGUGGAUAAAAUAUUUUGAUAAAAGAAGAGACUACUUAAAAUUCAAAGAAAAGUUUGAAGCCGGAGAGAUCCAGCCUCCAAAAACAACCUCAAAGUCCUAGGCUAUUCCUGAACAUUUCAGAAUGAUUGAAGUUCUUUUUUUCUGGACAUUUGAAAAUGCUGACUAUGGGACAGUAGUAGCUUGAAUGAUGCUAAACAUGAAUACAUGGUCCAUAUGUACAACUCUUAAUUAAAAUGAUCAAGUAACAGGAUUCCGUUUAUUCAACUUACAAAGAAUUGACAUCAAAUGAUAUGAAAUACACUUAAUUUAGUAAAAGAAAAAAAUAUAUUUUAAGAAAAAAAUAAAAUUAAAGCUUAUUAUAAAAA